UGCGUGGUUUUGACAGAUAGAUAAACAAAUUUUUCCACGUAGAACGAAUUUUUAACUCAUAUUUUCAGAAGUUUUUCUCAAAUACGCACAAUAUAAGUUAAAACUGUUAAACAUGAAGAUUAAAACUGCAAUUUUUACCUUCGCUCUUUUAAUGGUAGGAGUUUCAGCUAGGAUAGAUGCCAAGAAUUUGAAAUGUUUAGUGUGCCGGCAGACGUUCGAGGAGUUAAAUAAAGCGAUAAAAGGUGUUGAGAAGUGGAAAAAAGUUGACGUUGGGAACUUCAGAAUGGACGCGGAAGGGAACACAAUGCAAGACAAGGUCCCGGCGCAUCGUUCAGCUGUUUAUAUAUCUGAAGUUAUUGACGACAUAUGCAAGAAAAUGGACGACUACGUCAGAGUGCAUUACAAGGCAACUGGCAAACUGGCCAUCAUGUUACUGGUCACACGGGAGGGACACAUGAACCCGGAGUUCUCCAAAACCAAGUUUGUCACUGAUGAUGACCUUAACAAGAGUUUGGAAUACUAUUGUGAGCGUAUGUUUGAAGACAACGAAGACGAAAUCACAGACUUGUACAAGAAGAGACCCGAUGACGACAUCAUGCCUGAUGCGGAGAGAGAGAUCUGUUUCAACCACGCCAAGUAUUGCGAAGAGUGGAUGUUGCCGAAUGAACAAGACACCACGUGGACGCCGGAGAUGGAAGCCGAAUACGUUAAGAUCCACGGUCCAGACCCCUACGGUUUUGGAGGUGGAAUGCAGCAACCAAUGCAAACUGAAGUCACAGAUGAUGAGGGCUACGAUGACUUAGAUGAAGACGUUGAGGAAAUACCUGCUGAAGAUGAGGGCAAUGAGGUCAAAGUUGCUGAGAAUGAGGGAAAAGAUGAAUUAUAAAUAGCUAAGUUUUAAUUGUUCACCAUUCCAACAGAAUUUUUGUGGAUGAGGGUAGAUUUGAUCGAUUUUUUCACAGGGUUUUGAUAUUCCGAUUAUUGUUCGGUACAUCAUAGUGAACGUACUAAACUUUAUAAAUUUGACUUAUUCGAUAGGUAAGUCAAAUUUACCCUCAUUUAGUAAGUCAAGGUUACCCUCAUGUUUAUGUUACUAUGUAUAUAUUUUUCAUAUAGAAUCUAAAAUACUGAAAAGCAUAUAAGUACCUAAGUAGAUUAAAAUGUUAUUUUUUAUUAGAUUUUAACUAACCUAGUUAUAUAUUUUUCAGUAUUUGAGAUUCUAUUUGAAAUAAAAUACGAUUCUAUAUGAUAAAAAUAAAUAAAUAAAUGUAAAAAUGCGAGUAACCUUGACUUAUUUGAGGGUAAGCUUGACUAUCUGUCGAGUGAGUCAUAUAUAAGUUUGGUAAAGUAUUUCUGAUUACUUAUAAUAAAAACGUCCAUAACUUGUCUAUAUUAUGUAUAAGAAGAGCAUCACAAAUUUGAAAUAUCUUUCAAAUUCAAUUCUUUCAAUAUAUUUAAAUUGGAAAUUUCUUUACUAUUCUACUUAUUUUUUUAUGUAAUUCUUAUAUUUUUGUUGGUUUUCUUUAAAAAUAUAUAUAUAUCGAGUUUUUGUGUUACUUAUGGUCCAAGUUUUAUAAGACGUUAGUUAGGUAGUUACGAAGUGCCUUACCGAUGGUAUUCUCAAUUUGAAAGCACUAUUUUGUCUCAAAUGCUUAAAAUUAUCUAAAAUUCUGUGGAAAAUAAUGUAUUAACAGAUACUAAAAUAUGAAAUUAAUUUUGCGCCUAACUUUCACGACCUAUACAUACUGAAUAUUAUAAAAAGGUAAAGUUUAUAGGCAUGUGAAAACUGCCAUGCCCCUUCCAGGUUAGGCCACUUCCACCUUAGACUGCAUCAUCACUUACCACCAGGUGAGAUUGCAGUCAAAUGCUUUACUGCAAAAUUCUAUUACAAUCCAUACUAAUAUAAAAAUGCGAAAGUGUGUCUGUCUGUUACAUUUCCAUAGUUCAACAGCUGAAUCAAUCUUGAUGAAAUGAGAUGAGAGAGAGAUCCGAGAGAUGCUUUUAUCUUGAAAAGAAAGUAGGAGCAUAGUUAAUUUUGUAACUAGUUUUAUAAACUGUGUAAACGAGUGAUUUUAGUUUUAAAAAAAGACGCGUAAGAAUGUGUUGUGAAUUUUUGUAAGUAUUUAUUAUAUCAGAUUUUUAAAUAUUAAAUGCAAUCUGACUUUUUGACAAAUAAAAUUAUCGACGUUUUAAACCUAUCGCAGAAGACCUUACUUUAAUAUACACAAAUAUGCAUUUUAAGUUGUUAAGUACUACUUAUAUACCUAUCUACAAAAA